CAGCGGAAAGAUGCUUCACCCUCUCGCGCGUUCCGGAGAAACCGAGUCACGCGGGGGCGCGCCGGCCGGGCGCUAGGACCCCGCAGCUUGGCCGAGGGGGGGCGUGGUGGGGCGGGUCGGCAGGAGAGGUAUUUAAAUUGGAGCCCGAGCCGCCCCCUCGCGGGUCGGGUUCCCGUGGGGCAGUGGAGCAGCCGUGGGCCUCCGCGGGCCGUGACCCCGGGGUCUGGCGCGGGGUGGGGCCGUGGGGGGCAGAUUUGCGCAAAAUGUGCCGGGGCUGCGCGGGAGAGGAGCGGCGGCCGCGCUGAGCCAGAGCCAUGAGCCACCAGAUCCUGCUGCUCCUGGCCGUGCUGACCCUGGGCCUGGCCACCUCCCAACACCGAGACAAGGUGCCCUGUAAGAUGGUAGACAAGGAGGUCUUGUGCCAGGGUCUUGGCCUGUUCCAGGUCCCCUCAAUGCUCCCGCUGGACAUCGAGGCCCUCGACCUAUCUGGAAACCAGCUGCAGAGAAUCCUGGCCUCGCCCCUGGGCUUCUACACAGAGCUUCGGCACCUGGACCUGAGCACCAAUGAGAUCAGCUUCCUCCAGACAGGUGUCUUCCAGGCCCUGCCCCACCUGGAGCACCUCAACCUGGCCCAUAACCGCCUGGCAGUGGGCACCGUGCUGAGCGCCCCUGGCCUGGGCCCCCUGCCGCAUGUGACAUCUCUGGACCUGUCUGGGAACAGUCUGUACAGUGGCCUGGUGGAGCGGCUGCUGGGGGAGGCACCUGCCCUGCGCACCCUCUCGCUGGCAGAGAACAGCCUGACCCGCCUCGCCCGCCAUACCUUCUGGGGCACACCCGUGCUUGAGCGGCUGGACCUCCACAGCAACGUGCUCAUGGACAUCGAGGACGGCGCUUUCGAGGCCCUGCCGCACCUGGCCCACCUCAAUCUCUCCAGGAAUUCUCUCACCUGCAUCUCUGACUUCAGCCUCCAGCAGCUGAGGGUGCUUGACCUGAGCUGCAACAGUAUUGAGGCCUUCCAGACGGCCCCAGAGCCCCAGGCUGAGUAUCAGCUCGCCUGGCUUGACCUGCGGGAGAACAGACUGCUCCACUUCCCUGACCUGGCCGCGCUCCCGAGACUCAUCUACCUGAACGUGUCCAACAACCUCAUCCGGCUCCCCGCAGAGCCACCCCGGGGCGGUGAGGGCAUCCAUGCACCUUCCGAGGGUUGGUCAGCCUCGCCCUUCUCGAACCCCAGCCGGAACUCCAGCACCCACCCCCUCUCCCAGCUCUUGGAUCUGGAUUUGAGCUACAAUGAGAUUGAGCUGGUCCCUGAGGGCUUUCUUGAGCCCCUGACCUCCCUGCGCUUCCUAAAUCUCAGCCGAAACUGCUUGCGAGCCUUUGAGGUGCGGCGUGCGGGCUUCCUGCCUUGCCUCGUGUACCUGGACGUCAGCCACAAUGCGCUGGAGACGCUGGAGCUGGGCCCCAGGGCCCUGGGAUCUCUGCGGACACUGCUCCUACAGGACAAUGCCCUGCAGGACCUGCCCCCCGACACUUUUGCCAGCCUGGCCAGCCUGCAGAAGCUUAACCUGCAGGGGAACCAGAUCAGGCCUUGCGGGGGGCCAGGUGAGCCUGGCCCCUCGGGCUGUGUGGCCUUCUCUGACAUCUCUUCCCUCCGCAUCCUGAACCUGGCGGACAAUGAGAUGGAGGUGCUCCGGCCGGGUGCCUUCCUCCACACGCCGCUUACUGAGCUGGACCUCUCUGCGAACCCAGGGCUGGAUGUGGCCACGGGGGCCUUGGCGGGCCUGGAGGCCUCCUUGGAGGUCCUGGCCCUGCAGGGCAACGGGCUGGCCAUCCUGCAAGUAGACCUGCCCUGCUUCAGCUGCCUGAAGCGACUCAAUCUUGCCGAGAACCGCCUGAGCCGCCUGCCUGCCUGGACGCAGGCAGUGUCACUGGAGGUGCUGGACCUGAGGAACAACAGCUUCAGCCUCUUGCCGGGCAGUGCCAUGGGCGGCCUCGAGACCAGCCUCCGGCGCCUCUACCUGCAGGGGAAUCCACUGAGCUGCUGCGGCAACGGCUGGCUGGCAGCCCAGCUGCACCAGGGCCGCGUGGACGUGGAUGCCACCCAGGACCUGACCUGCCGCUUCGGCUCCCGGGAGGAGGUAUCCCUGAGCCACGUGCGUCCUGAGGACUGUGAGAAGGGGGGGCUCAAGAAUGUCAACCUCAUCAUCAUCCUGACCUUCGCACUGGUCUCUGCCGUCCUCCUCACCACACUGGCCACCUGUUGCUGUGUCCGCCGGCAGAAGUUCAACCAGCAGUACAAAGCCUAGGGAGGCCAGAGACUGUAGAACGGCCCGGCCGGGAGCCCCGCCGGGUCAGCUGGGGAGCCAGAGGCACGGACAAGGGCGGGGACUGACCCAAGGUCACACAGGGUCUGAGAACUCUGCUCUCUAAAUCCCAGCCCAGGGCUCCUUUCCCUGUAUCCCGCUGUACUGGCAGGUGACCCACUUCCCAGGCCACACAUGUGGUCCAGCUGUGGAAGCCGGAAGUCAAGCGGUUUCAGGAGCGGCAGAAAAUAAGGUCGACCUAUCCAGUCAACGAAUCUUCGCCCGGCAUCUGUUUUGCACCACAUCCUGCUCUGGGGACUGGGGACGCCCGGCGACUGAGACACAUCCCUGCCCUCAGGCAUCUCCCGGCCCUGGUGGGGAGGUGGUCGCCAAGCCAGGCAGUGACCACACGGAGUGGGGAGAGCCAGGGCCCCAAAGCUCUCCAGCCCCAGCUGGCUGAGUCCUGGGGCUCCGUGGCGAGCCCUGCCUCAGCAGGGCCAGAGCAAAGGAGGGGCGAGACCCAGAAGACUUGUCUGAGCCGGUUCCAAGCAGACUGUUUGUCACAUCUUCUGAUAAUGACUUUCAGCCUCUCUGGAACAUGAAGAGCUUGUGACCGGAAGAGAAGUGGAGCCACAUGGAUCCGGCUACUAGGCGGGCUGCAGCGGCUCCUGGUUAAGAGGCGGUUGCCCUGGGUUCCGGCCGGGGGGUAGACCAUCCCAUUUCCCACUCCAAACAGGCUCUUGCCCCACCUGGCACCCUCGUGGUGCCCAUGCUAGCCCAAACACCGCUCCAGCCCCCCAGCUCCUCUGCAGGCAUAUGCAGGCAUGCUGUUCAGUCCCAGCCCUACGCCGGCUGGUGAGCCAGGAGUUAGAAGCUUAGGUAUCUGGUUCUGUUUUGCACCAGGCUCGGCCGCGGUGACACGUCUGCCUCUUUACGACAACCGUCUGAGGUCGGUCUUUUAUCCCAUUUCACCAAAACUCCAAAGCUCUCCCUUCAGGGUCCUCCGGCUAAGAAACGACAUAGCUGAGAUUCAGACUCAAAUUCUCCUGUCUACAGGAUGCCCCCAGGGCCUGACCUUCGCCACUGUGGGGGCUGUAGGCCGUUAGGUGGACAGGAAAUGGACCCACAUCGAGGGAACAGGCCCUGGGGGCAUCCUGUGCCGCAUAUACCCACCCACUCCUCUCCCGCCUCUCUCCUAGGCAGGUAGACACAGGCCGUCCCCUCCUCCUCUGCCUCAGUUUCCCUUACUCCCUCCUUUGCAGACUGGUGUGUAUUCACCUUUUUCUGUUUUGCUCUUGUGUUCCCUCUUCCUCCACUGAGCGAGGUCCUGAGUUUGAGACUAUUGAGUCCAACCUCCCCGUUGCACAGAUAGGGAAACUGAGGCUGGGGAAGAGAAUGGAAUUUGCUGAGAGCUUCACAAGUCGGUGGCAAAGCCUGUGAGAAAAAGUGGGUUCAGACCUCCCUGGGGGUGUGAGGGGGGUUUAGGGCUUGGACCUGGGUGAUUCCCUUCUCUCUCAGCUGUCAUAUCACAAGAUAAUGCUGGCUCCAAACUCUUUCGGGUCCUCAUCAGGCAGGGACUUUUUCCUCUUAGACACAUGAGUAGAAAUACUCAUCUGGGUGUAACUCCCUAUUCUUCACACCCAUGGAAUCAUGGACUUUCCAGGGAGCCCUGGAGUCAGCCCAAGACCCUGUGUUACUGUCCUCACCAUCUUCCCCAUGCUUGGCCCGUGGUCUGGCUCACGAUGGUGCUUGAGUGAGACAAUGAAAACACCCCUCUCUCGGCCCCAUUUUAUAGACAAGAAAACUGAGGCCCAGAGAGGGUCAAGGACUCAGGGAGUCAGUGGCAGAGCCGGGGCUAGAAGCUGGUAUCCUGGCCCCAGCCUGGGGCCCUGGUGGUGUGUGGGACAGCCGGGUGGACCCAGCCCUGGUUGGGAUCACAACCACAAGUGGUCACUGCACAUAAACACUCUUCCUCAGGCCUGGAGGGCGGGGCGUGGGCCCCUUCGUGCCUGAUCUUCGAAAACACUACGCAAUGCUGCUCUCACCUCCCAGGAGCCAGGCCACAGCCCUGGCCUCGGGACCAGCUCUUUGUAUAACCCACAUGAAUGUAUUAAAAAAUAAUUUGGGAGAAACAG